CGUUCACUCACUACCUCUCCAUGGAGCUCAGCGUGGCGCUGGUGCGUCGGGUGCGGACCGCACACACCACCGUGCUGCUUCUCAUCAUGGGCCUGGUCGGCGUCGGCAUUCUGCUUCAAUCACUUGACGUUCAACGUCGCUUUGAGAACCACACUGGCUCAAGCAAUCAACUGCGGGACUGCUAUCGUGAUCUGGGGCGCGCUUACCACCGGCUGAGACCUCGCGACUCCAGUCCGGAAGGCGAGGCGUUCCGGACGCGCCACUGGUGGCUGAUGGCUGCCCUUGUCCGCGCGCUGGACAUUGGACAAGCUAGAAGUACCCCACUGGCUGGGCAGCGGCUCCCUCUUAGGGUUCUUCCGUCAGUGCGAGCUGGUGCCGGCCAUGGGGGACGUGGAUCUGGAGGUGGCCAUCGAGGCGCUGUGGGAGCGCAACAUCACCGUCCCGCAACUGAUGGAGGCGGCCAGCGCCGAGGGCGCCCAACUCCGACACCAGUUCGGCCUGCCAGAGGACAGUCUGGAGCUGUCGUUCGGCGACGGUAACGGCACGCGGCUCGAUGUGUUCUUCUCCUACCCGCAGGCCAACGGCACGCGCUACAUCGGCGGCAUCGACACCGACACGCUGCAGAAAUACAAGUGGUCGUACCCGGACUUUGAGCUCUGCUGGGCUCUGCUAGACGGACUGAGGGUCGGCGUGCCCUGUGAACCCUCCGUCUACUUGCGAACCUUCUACGGGCCCGACUGGGCGUCACCGCCGCCCGAGGGCCCAUGGAACUACCGCACCGGACACCCGAACGUGGUCGAAAAUGGCCGCUGGCCCGAAAGCAUGAGGGCUGAAGUGUUUCAGACAUUCGAGGUCUGAUGUGAUAUUUUGUGGAUACAAAUGCUAUUUAUUUUGUACAAUAUUGGUACGGUCAUUUGGCCAUUGGGUCAGCGUUCAUUGUUCUCAGUGCUUAUGCUAUGCAUAAGUUAAAAAAGGGCUUCAAAAGUUUGGUGUUUUUGACCACAAAACCAAA